AUGAUCAAAAACACAAUGCACUCUGUGGACGACCGGAUUGAAGAGAUGGACAUGAAAUACAAGAAGAUAGUGGGAAAUCUAGCUGCAAAUUUGGCUGCCACAACUCUAAAAGUCAAAUCAAGAUACUUCCAUAGAAUUGGUGUUAGUGGAAAAGGCCAUUUGAAGAUCUAUGACAACAUCAUAAAUUGGCCAAACAAUCACAAAAUCUUCAGCCCUGGCAAAACCUACCCUGUCAUUAUCCGCCACAGCAACAGCCUAAGCGCUGAUGACGACGCAAGAAUCGACGCGCGUGGAGCAGCCAUACGAAUACUCUCAGAUGAACCAAGCAGCGAUAAGGACGCCACCCUCCUUGACCUGACAUUGAAGACAGGCAAAGCAUUCUACGCCCGGUCAAUCUCCGAUUUCGCGACGUGGCUGGUGUGCGGCCUUCCUGCGAGAGAAGAGCACGUCAAGCGAGCGCCUCACGUGCGCGAAGCAGUCUGGACAUCGCUGCGAAACGCAGACUCCUACACGCAGCUGCAUUACUACUCCAACAUCUGCAGGCUGUUCCGGUUUUCGGAGGGACAAGAAAUGUACGUGAAGUUCAAACUAAGGCCUUAUGAUCAAACCAUUGGAGAAGGCUCCGGCAAGGUUGAGCCUAUCGGGAUUCUCCCGCCGGAGACCGGCGCAAUUCCCAGAAACGAAACAGACACACGUCCUCUGCUCUUCCUUGCAGACGAUUUUCGCAGCCGCGUGGAAUCCAAACCCGGUCUCCGCUACGUGUUUCAGUUACAAUUCCGACCGGUUCCGGACGAUGAAAACGCACGUGAACUUGCACUCGAUUGUACCAACCCAUGGGAUGAAACUGAGUUUCCAUACAUUGAUGUUGGUGAGAUUAACAUCAGUGAGAAUUUGUCCGCAGAAGAAUCAGAAAAGCUUGACUUCAAUCCUUUCCUCCGUAGUCAUGAAGUUGACGUCAUUCGCGCCACGUCAUGUUCUCAAAGUGCUUCAAUUGAUCACGGCCGUUCAUUGAUCUAUGAAAUCUGUCAACACUUGAGAAAUGGCCAACCUCUUCCGGAAGCUUGGAGAAUGUUCUUGGAACAAUCUGAUGUGAAGGUUGAUUUAUCUGGUUGUCCAUUAAUGGGUGCAAGUGCAACAACAUUAAUGGAUAAGAAAGAUGAGGAAAUAGUGACAUUGGCAAGAACUUGGGAUCAAACUCUUUGGGCAACUUUUAUUAAGGUUGGGGAAGGUGGGUUUGUGGGGAGUAGAGCCGUUGCUAUGCCGGGAGUGAGGGUGGAGAGCGGUGGAUGUCUAAGUGCUCUCUCUCUUGCCAUGAAAGAAGAAGUGAUCAAGUCAAGGUGA